AUGCUCUCGACCCUCCGACCAGCAGCUGCUCGCUCGGCUCUGCGCCACCAAGCUGCGACCGCCACGCAGGCCAUCCGCAUCGCGAACGCAUCGACAUGGGCGAACGUCAAGGAAGGCCCUCCUGAUGCCAUCUUGGGCAUCACCGAGGCCUUCAAGAAGGACAGCUUUCCCGAGAAAAUCAACCUUGGCGUCGGCGCAUAUCGCGACGACAAAGGCAAGCCCUACGUCCUCCCCAGCGUGCGUACCGCCGAGCAGAAGAUCGUCUCCUCGUCCCUCGAUAAGGAAUACGCCGGCAUCACCGGUGUGCCCUCGUUCACAAAGGCCGCGGCGCUGCUCGCCUACGGGCCCAACUCGAAACCCAUCCAGGAAGACCGCGUCGCCAUCACCCAGUCCAUCUCCGGCACCGGCGCGCUGAGAAUAGGCGGCGCUUUCCUCGAACGCUUCUACCCGGGCGCAAAGACUAUCUACAUCCCCACCCCGUCGUGGGCGAACCACAAGGCCGUCUUCUCCGAUUCGGGGCUCGAGGUCAAGCAGUACAAGUACUACAAUAAGGACACCAUCGGGCUGGACUUUGACGGCAUGAUCGCGGACCUCAAGUCCUUCCCCUCUGGCUCCCUCGUCCUACUGCACGCCUGCGCACAUAAUCCCACCGGCAUUGACCCGACACCGGAACAAUGGCAGCAGAUCGCUCAGGUCAUGAAGGAGAAGUCGCACUACCCCUUCUUCGACAUGGCUUACCAGGGCUUCGCGAGCGGUGACACCAACAAGGACGCCUACGCCGUGCGCCACUUCAUCGACCAGGGCCUCGGUCUCUGUCUCUCGCAGUCUUUCGCCAAGAACAUGGGUCUGUACGGCGAACGGGUCGGCGCCUUCAGCAUCGUGUGCGACAGCGCCGAGGAGAAGAAGCGCGUGGAGAGUCAGAUCAAGAUCCUCGUGCGGCCUUUGUAUUCCAACCCUCCGGUCCACGGAGCCCGGAUUGCCAGUGAGAUCCUGAACGAUGCCGGCUUGAACAAGCAGUGGCUCGGCGAGGUCAAGGGCAUGGCCGACCGGAUCAUCGAGAUGAGGGCGCUGUUGAAGAAGAACCUCGAGGAGCUGGGAAGCAAGCACAACUGGGACCACAUUACGAACCAGAUUGGCAUGUUCGCCUACACUGGCCUGAAGCCUGAACAGAUGGACAAGUUGGCAAAAGAACACUCGGUGUACGCGACCAAGGACGGACGUAUUUCCGUGGCGGGCAUCACCACGGACAACGUCAAGAGACUGGCCGAAUCGAUCUUCAAGGUGACUGGUUAA